AAAAAAAAAAAAAGAAAGAAAGGCAGAGUCCAGAUUCCGAGUCCACUUGUCCAAAAUGUCGUCAGGCGAAAAAUGUGAGUUGAGCACUUUUGGUUCAAUUUAUACAAGAACGAUAUAUCGUAAAUACAUUAUAUGCUAAGAUAUGGUGUCUCCGGCAUCGACUUGUUUCAUGUUGUAACUCGAGGACUUUCGUUUAUUGGCAACAAUAAUGGUCAGCACAACAUUGACAACACUGGCUGCUGGACAAACAACUAGUAGCAGUAAUCACCAUCACCACCACCAUCAUCACCAGACGCAGCAGCAGCAGGAUCAGUCGCAGCAGCAGCAGCAAUCUCAUCAGCAGUUGCCGUACCAGCGACUGCAACCACACGCAGCAGCAGCAGCAGCAGCAGUUGCUGCCAACCAGCAACGCGGCUUCUACGCACUCAACGGCAGCCUUGAGCUCGACUGCGACAGCAGCAACACCAACGGCAACGGCAACAGCAACAUUGGCUACCAGCAACAGCAGCAGCAGCAGCAACCGCCGUUGAUCCUGUCGCAAGCUUUGCUGUCGCCAUCGCCGCCGCUUAACGAUCAGAUCAGUUUGCUUUUCCCCAAGUGCCGACCCAAGCAGCAGCCGCAGCAGCAACAGCAGCAGCAGUUACAGCAGCAACAUCAGCCAGCACAACAGCAACAUGCACAUCUGGCGGACGUGAACUCCAGCAGCAACAGCACCAGCAACCGGAGCAGCAGUCCCACUUCAGCAGGAACCGUUGUUGGGGAACCGUUGGCCACUGUCAGUGCUAGUCCACCGCCCAAGGCCACGCCCACCAGCACGCCUAGCUAUUACAAGAGCGUUAACAUUAUUACGCAAUCGCCGCCGCCGCAUUCGGCCUCCUCGCACUCCUCCGAAUCUCUGUCCUCGGUGACGCCGCGCAUUUCUACAAAUCCCUUCCUCUGCGCACCGCUAACGCCACCCACACCGCCGCACCACCACCACCAACAGCAGCAGCAGCAGCAACAGGACGCCACGGGUGAGUCAGCUGUGGAACAAGGCAGGAGCGGAGCGGUCGGCGAGGAGCCCGACUAUCCCGCCUCCUUUUACUACCACACGGUGGGCGACAGUAGGCGUGGCCCCGGCGGCUACGCGGAAAUGCCGCGCAAACGUAGCGGUGCCUUGCCCGCCAGCAACAGGCAGCAGCAGCAGCAGCAGCAGUUGCACAACGGCAAUGGCAGUCAGAAUCCCUUCAUCAAGGAGAACUACUGGAACACGCCGCCCACAAGAGCCAGUCUGCUGCUCCAUUCGCCUACGGAGUACUCUGAGGAGCAGCAGCAGCAGCAACAACAACAACAGCAGCAGCAGCAACAGCAUCAGCAGCAGCAUCAGCAGCAACAUCAGCAACAGCAGCAGCAGCAACAACAGCAGCAGCAGCAGCAACAUCAUCAGCAACAGCAACAUAUGCAUGCCUCAGCCAGACGAGCUUACCACCAGCAGCGGGAACAGGUGUACGGAAUCAGUCAGCGGCCACAGCAACAGCAGCAGCAGCCGCAGCAACAACAGCAACACAUUUUGCGGGUGGGACGGAGUCCGGUGAAUCGCAGCUUUCCACAGCAGCAACAGCAACAGCAGCAAAUUGCAGCUGCCAGGAGCAAUCCCUGCGCCGAUGGGCUAACUCCGCUGGCCAGUCACUAUCUCUAUGGCAGCAAGUCAUCCCUGGAUCAGCAUCCAGGUGAUUGGGAGCCUCGGGAACAGCGCAAACUGAGGCUUCGCGAGGAGCGUGAAAAAGAACGGGAACGGGAAAGGGAGAGAGAGCACCUGUUGCUGGAGCAACAGCAGCAGUUGCAACUGCAGGAUGUGCAGGCAGCCAGGGACAACCAUCUCAGCCAUUUGGCGGGACAGCAGCAACAGCAGCAGCGCAAGCGACACGUUUACGGCGAGGAAAGGGAAAGGGAACGAGAAAGGGAAAGGGAGCGAGAGCGGGACAUGGAACGGGAUCAUCGCCUGGUCAAUGGAAAUGCAGAUCCCAACGAGAGCUGGCAGCAUCUGCGCGUAACGACCGAAACUUUGGCGGAGGAGGUCGGCAAGCCUGGCAAGACGGCGGACAAGGCCCAGCACCAGAUGCAGACUCUAAACCAAAGCCAAAAUCAGGAGGUCAAUGUCUACAGGGAGCACAAGCUGGACGCCUGGAAGCUCGAGCGCAACUACACGCUGGCCGUGGAGUCGCGACACGGCAUCAUUGAGUACGAAGGCUCGCCUAGACGCAUUGGUGUGACCACCAGCAAUUUGGGGGCAGUGACGGCGGCAGCAACAGCGGCGGCAGCAGCGGACGAAAGCGAACCACCAGCAACGGCAGAAGUAGCAACACCAACACAGCAACAGCAACAGCAACAGCAGCAGCAGCAGCAGCAGCAGGUGCCCAUGGCCACCGUUCCACCACUGAGCUCCACGGCCACUUCAUUGCAAAAGACAGCGGCCCGAGCUGCAUUGGCCGCCCUGGCACAGAGCCAUCCACAUAACUCCCACAACAUCCUUAGCACCCUGCUCCCACACUCGCCCAAUCCACUGAAUCCCAGCCAGAUCCACUCGCCGCAGCAACCCAUGCAGAACUAUCCCGUUCGUCCGGGCUUUCCACAGCGCAUCAUCUCGCCGCCCAACCGUGAGCCCCGCAGCAGCUCUCCUCCGCUGCAGCAGCAGCAGCAACAGCAACAACAACACUUUGCCAGUUUGAUGAGCAACCACAGUAACAACAACUCAAACACCAACAAACAGCCGCUGAGCAGCGACAACAAUGCGGAGGACACCAGCAACGAUGUGUCCGAGAUUGGCACCAUAUCUGACCUGACCACUCCGGAGGCAGUGGGUCUGGCAAUUGGAGCCGCCGGCGAGAUUGCUAGCCGAGCGGCAACACCGCCACAAGGUCCGCUGGCUGCAUCCACGACACUAGCACCACCGACAGCAGUGGCGGGCAGCACUGCCAAUGGAACCGGAACCGGAAACGGAACCGGAAAUGCAACAGCAGCGAGUACCGGACUGGGUCCACUGAGUCUGCACACGAAAUCGUCGACCUUCGAUUAUCUCUACGAGUUCUCAGAGACGCGCAAGGUGCUGGAGGAGUUCUUCAAGUGUCCCUCCACCGACGAGCAGCCCAUCAUGGAGAAUGGCAGCGAUGUGGACAGCAUUGAUAUUCAGUACGAGUUCCACAGUAACUUUGAACGCGACGAGGAGGACUUGGCCGAGGAGGAGGAAGCCGAGGACGACGAUGAGGGAGACGAAGAUGCUGACGAAGAAAACGAUGAGGCCGAGGAUGAAGAUGAUCCGUUGGAUCAGGAUCGCGAUCAGAACUACCGCCAGCAGGCGCCUCCCACCGCUGGCCACGCCUCUGAACGUCUCGUUUAUGGCGGCUAUGGCCAGCAGUCACAGUCGCAGAUUACAACCCAGCCACUGGGCGUGGGCAUGGGCGUGGCAAGGCGGCACUACAGCGGCAGUCCAUUGAUGCGGGAAUUUGACUUCCUUUUGGACUCCACCAGCCGGAGCAGCGGUGAGCGAGAUGGCGACCAGGAUGGGCUCAAUCACAACCAGCUGCUGAGCACGGGCAGCGGUCAUGGCGGUGGCGUGGGCGUCGGAGUAGGCGUUGGCCCAGGUGGAGGUCACAACUACCGCUACUCACCGGAGACCACCGACUAUGAUUCCAACUGUGGCGAUCUAGACAGCCUCUCGGGUGAGAUGAACGGCGGAGUUUCGACCUCCUGCUCGAACUACGCCAAAUACUAUGCCUCGGCUAUGCCAGUGCUGGAGGAUGGCCUCUCCUCGGGUCACACCAGUGACACCGAGAACAACAACAACAACCAGAAGAACCUGCAGCAGUCGGUCGUUAAUCAAGGUCAAUGCCCCACCAGCCUGAGUGGCAGCACCAGCAUCGGCGGCAGCGGUGGCAUCUCCAUGCUAAUGGACAUGAAACGCAUCUCGACGAACAACAGCCUGAACAGUAUGCACAACCUGACCACCACCGCUUCUACUACGGACAGCAACGGAGGCGUGGCGGGUCAUCAUCUGGUUGCUACGCCCAGUCCCAGCAAUGGCCAAUCGAAGCCGCAGCAGGGACAGCAGCAAUCGCAGCCGAAGACACUGUCAUGGGACCAGAGUCCCAGCAACCACAGCAAAGUGUUCAAGAACAUUGAUCCGGAGUUGGAUUCGCUCUACUCGAUUGGAGUUUUCCAUCGCCCGGACACGGUGCAGAUGACGCCACCGCCGCCAGCACCGGCGCCGCAUCGCAAGCCCAACAACAACGGCAACGGGAGUGCCAUUAUUAAUAGUAACUGCAACAUGGGCGGUGGCAACAACGAUGUCGAUCUCCUGCAGCCGAGCAGCAAGCACACUCCAUUGGCGGCGGCCAUUAGUUCCACGCUGCAGCGCAGUUCCCCCACCUCGACGGUCGCCGGAAACGGUAAUGGAACCGGAAACGGAAGCGGCAAGCCUAGAAGUGCCGGCAGCAAUUGCAGUAGCAGCGGCAAUGGAGGCGUACCACCGCCCAUCCCGGAGCGAACGAAUCUCGUCUCCGCCACACAGAGAUCACCAUCGCCGGGCCUGAAUUCACCCGUUUGGCUAUCCCGCCACUUGGAUAGUGGCGCCGGAAAGGAAUUGCUGGAAUCCGGUUCGGAUAAUCACUCGAAGAAUCACAGUGCCGACGAGGAGGACGUGGACACCGAUCUGGAGACAGACCGCCUGCUGGGCCAUCAGAGGCUUGAUGAUCAGGGCUACUACGACGAGAACAAGAGCUGGGAGCGCAAGCCGCGAUCGCUGCUCUCGAAGAUCUCGCCCAAGCAGCAGAUACCUAGCACCAAGACGCGCAAUGGCUACAAUGCGCUGCUUAGCUCUACGCCGGAACUGCCGCCACCGAUUCCGCCCAAAGGUCAAUCCGGACUGGGCUUGGGUCUUACUCUGGGAUCCGGAAAUGGUGGCAAGCUAUUGGACUUGGUCGGUGGCAUGGUGCAGCGCAGUCUAUCACGCAGUUCAUCGGAGCACAGCGAUAAAUCGCCCAGUAAAAUGCCAAUUUCUGGUGGGGAUUUGUGUGCCGGAACCGUGGACGUGGUGGCCUCAGCAGUGGCGGCCACUUCGGCAACAGUGGCCACGACACCGGCGCUGGGAAGUCCCGGCAAUGGAGGUGGUUCCGAGAGAUCAUCAGGUGGAUUGGCCAAUUCCGGUGGAGCUAUCAAGAUGGGUGAAUCGGAGAAUGGAGCUCUCAACGGUGGAACAACCAUACCAGUGGGUGUUGGAUCAGGAGCAGGAUCUGGAUCUGGGUCGGGAGCCAACGGAGCAGUGGUGGCCAACAGCAGUGCCACCACCACCACCAACAACAACAACAACAACAACGUCGGCAACAGCAACAACAGCAGCGGCAGCGGCGCCGGCAGCAACAGCAACAGCGGCGAGAAAAAAGUGAAAAAGAGUAAGAGCAAAGAAGGCGGCGCAGUGCUCAUCGAGGGCGUGCUCUUCAGGGCCAAGUACUUGGGCUCCACGCAGCUGGUCUGCGAAGGUCAGCCCACGAAGUCGACGCGUAUGAUGCAGGCCGAAGAAGCCGUUUCCAGGAUUAAGGCGCUGGCACCCGAUGGCGAUGUCCAGCCCAGCACCGAGGUGGAUCUAUUUAUCUCGACAGAGAAGAUUAUGGUCCUGAACACAGACCUCAAGGAGAUCAUGAUGGAUCACGCUCUGCGCACCAUCUCCUAUAUAGCGGACAUCGGUGAUCUUGUGGUUCUAAUGGCCCGACGUCGUUUCGUUCCCCAGGACAUUGAUGAUGCCCCCAAGCCGAAUCGCACGCCCAAGAUGAUCUGCCAUGUCUUCGAGAGCGACGAGGCCCAGUUUAUAGCCCAGUCCAUUGGGCAGGCCUUCCAGGUGGCCUACAUGGAGUUCCUCAAGGCCAAUGGCAUAGAGGAUCAUCGUUUCGUCAAGGAAAUGGACUAUCAGGAAGUGCUCAACAGCCAGGAGAUCUUUGGCGACGAACUCGAGAUCUUUGCCAAGAAGGAACUGCAAAAGGAGGUGGUGGUGCCGAAGGCCAAGGGUGAAAUCCUUGGCGUGGUGAUCGUUGAGAGCGGCUGGGGUUCAAUGCUGCCCACGGUGGUGAUUGCCAAUCUAAUGAGUUCAGGAGCAGCUGCCCGGUGUGGGCAGCUCAAUAUUGGUGACCAGUUGAUAGCCAUUAAUGGGCUGAGCCUGGUGGGUCUGCCGCUCUCCACCUGCCAGACGUACAUUAAGAACACCAAAAACCAGACAGUGGUCAAGUUCACGGUGGUGCCCUGUGCACCCGUCGUUGAGGUCAAGAUCAAGCGGCCGGAAACGAAAUAUCAGCUCGGAUUCAGCGUUCAGAAUGGAGUGAUCUGCAGCCUGCUUCGUGGUGGCAUUGCGGAACGUGGUGGUGUUCGUGUGGGCCAUCGCAUUAUCGAGAUCAAUAACCAGAGCGUGGUGGCUGUGCCCCACGAGAAGAUCGUUAACUUGCUGGCCACAUCCGUGGGAGAGAUACUCAUGAAGACGAUGCCCACGUCCAUGUUCCGGCUGCUCACUGGCCAGGAGAAUCCCAUAUAUAUUUAAGCCUGCGGGAAAUCAAUAUAAGCGGCGAUUAUUGUUAACUAUAAAAACCUUACAAGGAUAUUACGAUAUUUAGUCUAUAUACCUAUGCAUAUAGAGAGAAGGAAAGGGAAAACAGAAAGAGAGAAAGACACAGAGACACAGAGAGAGAGAGAGAGAGUAAAUAUAUGUAUGUAUAUGCGUGUGUACCUAUAUAUAUAUAUAUAACUCUAUAUAUUACACACGAGUGUAUUGAUUUUUUUUGUGAGUAAACUAGUCAAAGUCAAAGUUCGAUCGGAGGCGAGUUAAGAGCAGCUACUACGACAAAUAAGAGGAAGCGAUAAACUAACACACAUGGCACGCCUUUUUGCAAAGCUUAGUAAUAAUAGUUAAUAAUAUGUGUAUGUGUGUGUAUGCGUGUGCAAGUGAGAUCGGGCCAUUGGCCAGGACAUACAUAUAUAUAUAUAUAUACUUAAAUACAUAUAUAUACAUACAUAUAUAUAUAUAUAUAUAUGAACACAAUGACCUUUUUGCGAAAACGUCCUUAGCUUAGUUGAACGGCGACAUUAGUCAGAGAUUACAGCAGCUAGUAAACAGAUGCCCCCAUAUAUGCUUACCCAUAUUUAAUGUAAAAACCAAAAACAAAAACAAAAACUAAAAGAAAAUGAAAGGAAACAAGGCAAGUCCAGACCCAAACGAAAUUCGAAUCCAGACAGGAGGCAGGCAGCUCUUUUGAUAUAGUAUAUAUAUAUAUAUAUAUAUAAUCCACACACUAUAUAGCACCACCCCCGAUAUAUUUAUAUAACAAAGAGAAUGAAAAGCUUAGGAAAUGCAUAUGGAAAGAGAAAAUAGAAAUGGUAAUAGUAAUGAAAAUAUUGUAACUGCAGCGUUUCGUUUUCUACUCGCACCCAUAGCCGAGAAUUUUGAUAGUUAUUUAACGGAUAUAGCCAGAUGAUCGUAAUGUAUGAUGCAAAGUGUAAAUUGAGGAGCGCUUUACACCCUUGUCCACAAAAAAAAAAAAAAAAACAUACAACCCCCCGCCUCCGCCUACCCCGUACAUAGAGGAUUUAGUUUAGCAGACACAUACACUCACACUCACUUAGACGCUUCGAUUUCAACCAUCUUCGUCCAAAAAUUGUGCUACUACUCGUUAAACAAGUUGAUAGAUAUAGAAAGAGAGAUUAGAAAAGGAUAACAGAAAGAGAGUAUGAAAGAGAGAUUAAGGGAAUUACAGGCGAAGAAGGAGACAGAGUUAAAUCCCCGUUAUAAGCCAUAAGAUAUAUGUAGAAGGAAACGGACUAGAAACAGGCAAGCUUGCAUAAGACAUCUAGUUCCGCAAUUUAUAGCAGAUUCGAACAGAAAGAGACGGCAACAGACAGACAGAAAGAGAAAAAAAGAGAGAGAGAGAGAGAUAUAUAGAGGGAGAAUUGCAUUUCUUUGUGUGUAUAUGUAUGUGUAAAAUACUCGCUAACCACAGGCAACCGGCAUCAGCAGUCACUAAGAGAACUAUUAUUAAAGGCAAUGGGGCGUAUGCUUGAUGUUUGUGAAUUAAAGAACUUUUCGGCCUCAUUUCCGCUGCUUGGCAAGGGCCACGCCCACGCCCACCAAAAAAACAAAACUAAAACUAAAAUUAUUAUACAAAAACAAACAUUAAACAUAAAACAUAAAAACAUAAACAUACAAAACUGCUUCAGCAAAACCAAUGAGAUGAAAGAGGAAACCGAAACAAAGGCAUACAACAACAACAACAACUAAUAUUUAAUGAAUUGUUUUUUUUUUUUUUUGGUGUACAUUAUUUAUAUGGAAUGUGAAAUUGCAUAACAAACUUAAUGAAUAUAUUGAAUAUUUAUUAAAAACGGGCUAAUUGCAUAGAAAUUAUAUAAGAACCGAUCAUAACGAUGAUGAUUAUUUGUAAAGGCGAACUAAACCCAAAAACAAAAACAAAAACAGAAAACAGAAUGAAUAAAUAAAAGAAUAUAUAAUCACAUGCGUAACAAAAAUAUAAA